GGUAUGUUCAUGGAGAGACAUCUAGUAAUACAGUAAGAAACUUUGAAAGGGAAUCUUCUAAUAUGGAGUUUGUUAGAAAUGAGGUAGAUGCAUUAUACCAUGAAAUGGUAGUUGAUGCAAUAGGUGCACAGUCUGAAUACAAUGACAGGCCAAUGGUUGAGGAGCCAAAUAGUAAGGCAAGAGAAUUUUAUGAUCUCUUGCAUGCUGCAGAAGUCCAUAUAGAAUCUCGUUAUGAGCCAAGGAAUAUGUCUGCUAUAAGGCAGAAAGAUGUUCCAAGGAAAUCUUUGUGGUACCUUCCAAUUACCCCAAGAUUGCAGCGACUAUACAUGUCUAGAAAAACAGCAGAGCAUAUGACAUGGCAUUUGAAAUGCCGUGAGGAUGCAGAUGAAGUUAUUCAUCCUGCGGGUAGUGAGCGUCUCUUGCCAAUUGCUUUCCGUGAUUUCCUCAUAGAUGAAGUUUGGGAUCCCUUAAUUGAAAUGAGUAACAUUUUUAGAGCUUUAACUGCUCCGAUUAUUCAAGUCAGUAACAUGGAGAUGUGGGAGGAAAAAAUUGUUGAGACCAUUUGCAAGUUAGAGAAAGUAUUCCCGCUAGCAUUCUUUGACUCAAUGGAGCAUUUGGUUAUCCAUCUACCAUAUGAGGCAAAAGUUGGAGGACCUGUCCAAUUUCGUUGGAUGUAUCCUUUUGAAAGAAAAAUGCAUAACCUUAAGAAAACAGUGUUGAACAAAAAUUGUCAACCACUAGGUGGAGAAAUGCAUAUGCGUGCAUUGUCACCCAAAGAAUUAAAGGCAGCAGAACUUUAUGUUUUGCUUAAUUGUGAAGAAGUUAAUCCAUGGAUUGCGCUUUUUGAUUAUCAAGUAUGUUCCGGUCUAUCAGAGGAUCAAAUUCAAAUCAAACGACAAUUUGAAUUUAUUCCUUGGUUUAAGACAAUAGUGCAUAGUGGAAGAUAUGAGGUUGAUUCUCGCCUUUUGCCUUUAGUAACUAGCCUAGUCAAUAACGUUAGGGUAUACAAUGGUUAUUGGGUUAAUGGAUUUCAGUUUCAUACUAUCGCAUAUGGACAAAAUAAAAAGACCAUGAAUAACGGUGUUUGUGUGAAGGGAACCACUUUCAAUGAUGAGUCAGAUUAUUAUGGGAGUUUGAAGGAAAUAAUUGAGUUUCAUUAUUUUGACUCAUAUGUUCAUCAAUCAGUGAUUUUGUUCAAGUGUGAGUGGUAUGAUAUCAACAAAGGUAUUGUGGUCCAUCCGACAUCUGGUAUAGUUCACAUAAAUCCUCGGUUUAAAUUACAAACAGAUGAACUAUUCAUAUUGGCCAGUCAAGCUCAACAAGUGUUUUAUGCCUGUUACCCAUCUCAAAAUCCUUGUAGAAAAGGGUGGUUUGCUGCAUGUAAGAUUAGAGCAAGAGCAAUAAUCGACACUUCAUCGUUGAGUGAUGGUGGAAAUGUUUAUUAUCAAGAUGAUGAUCCUCCUAUGCCACAAUUGGUGCAAUCCUCGACUGUUUUAAAUGAUCAUGUUUCACUAGCAUCUCAAGGGGGAGAAGAAGUGGUGAUUAGUGAGGUCAUGCAAUUGCCAUAUGUGACAAAGGAAGAAUGUGUGGGUGAGGAUGACGAUGAAGAGGAAGAGUUUGAUGGAACGGAAACAUCGGAAGAAGAAGAGCAACCCACUGUUACUCAGCCACCAUUGGCUGAUGACCAGUUCACUGGUGAUGAUGCAACAAUGGAGGAGGACACUGAAGAGCGUAAUUUGGAGGCUGAGUUGGAUGCUGAGUAUGUUGUGCUUGAUCCUGAGUUAGAUGCUCAGUUGGAGGAGGAGCUAUCAUGUGCUAUCCCGAAGACAGGACGUGGCAUGGAUAAAGGAGAUGACGCUCCUGUAGACCCAAGUCAAAGAAAGGUGCUUAGCCUUAAUUCCCGAGGCACAUUCAGCCAUGAGAGGUUUGGGAGGACAGCCACAGUAAUUUGGAAGUACUUGUAUGAUGAGCCAGUGCUUUUUUGGCCUAGCUGGCCUAAGGAAAAGAAGAAGGUUGCCUGGGAGAAUUUUCAAGUAUGAAAAUUAUAGAAUAAAAUGAAGUAUUUUUU